AUAUUAAAAAGUUUAUUGGUGACGUUUAAGAACAAGAUUUAUAAAAUUUAAAGUUAAUCAUAUGAAUAAUUUGUUGUUGUUUGUACGAUUUUUCCUUUUAAGUUUCUAACUAAUAUUUUGAAUUGAAAUAUCAGAUAGUGUAUAAAAAUGUCUGAGCCAGGAAAGCCACCAGACUUUAAAAAUUUGACUGAGAAUUUGAGUCAACAGCAGGCAAAAAUAUCAGCCUUGAAAGAGCUCGUUCGUCAGUCAGAAUCACAACAAGGAAAAAAUGCAGCUUCAACGCAAGAGAAAGUCAAAAAUAUAGCUCAACGAUUAUCAAACUUAAAGUCAAAAGCAGCAAAGUCGAAACAUCAUCGAUCGAGUUCCGAAAUAUCUGAUGAAUAUGGAAUAUCUAAUAUCGAAGAAGAAGGGCCACAAUCACUUGAUUAUUCUGUUAAUAGUUCACCACUUCCAAUAGUUCAAAGAGCACGCUCUGAAACACCCGGAAGUGAGAAGAUAACGUUGCUUAGGAAGCAAAUGGAAUUGAAUCGAAUGAAGAUGGCCGAACGUGAAAGUAGAUCAAAGGAAAUCGAGCAGAUGGUAACACAAUUAAAAUCAAAAUUCGAAACGUCCCAAAUGUCCUUAGAGAAGAGUGUGGAGUUGGGGAGAAGCAUGGGAGAUUUAACAACAUUACCAGCAGUUACAUUACCAUUCAACACACAGCAACAUCGAUCAGUGUCUGAUGUUUCUUCUCACACCAGUCACACAUUCAAUUUGGAAACCGAACGAAAUAAGUUCCUUGAAAAACGAAUUCGGGAACUCGAAGAAACGAUAAGCGAUAACAAAACUAAACUACCGGAAUCUGAAAAAGUACGAAAACUUGAAAAUAAAAUUUUAGAUUUGGAGGAAAAUCUUCGUGAAAAGGAAAGCAUAAUUGAGGCAAGAACGAAGGCUGUGUCAUUGUUGUCAGAGAACUUAACAAAGAAAAAGAAAGACGUCGUCGAUAGCUUAGAAGAAACCAAACAAGAAAUGUUUAAAAUGCAAGAAACAUUUUUAGAAACUGAAGAUAGUUACAAGCAUGAAGUUGAACGUUUAAAUCGUGUCAUACAAGAUAGUUCCGAUGAGAUACAAAAUCUUACUGAAAAAUGUGAAAUUUUAGAAAAAUCUCGAUACGACUUGACGAUUGAGAAUUCAGAACUUAAGACAAAGCUUGAAGAUGUUCAAGACUACUGCACAAAGAUAAGUGAAUUGAAUAAAUUAAAUGAAACACUUCAAAAGCAAAUUUCUAACUUGGAAAGUCAAAGAUACGAAUUUAUCACUGAAGAUGAAGUUGGUGAAGCAAAAUCAUCAGGCAAAGUCGGUGAAGAAGUUAAAGAAACAAAUAAUGAGUUACUUGAGAGAAUAAAAUCAUUGGAAGAACUUCUUGAACGUCGUGACAAUGAAAUUGAAUCAUUACAGGAAAAUCUUGAUGAGAAAUCAAUCGAGUUGAAUGUCGUGAAUGCCAACAUCAAAGUUUUGCAAGAAAAAUACAAUUCACUUGAACCCAAACCUUUGUUCCCCUCUGAAUCAUCAUCAGCUGAUGAAGAAUUGAAAACAGAAAUAGCGAAACUUAAACAACAACUUGAUGAUGCCAAUAAAAACAUGAUAAAGUCAAAGUUGAAAAUAAAACAACUUCAAAAACAAGUUGAUUCAUUUACUAAAGGUGUAGAUUCAAAUUCAGAAGUUGUUCGACUAACUGAAGAAGUCAAAACACUGACUCAACGGAUUGUGGAAUUGGAAGAAGCGAAGGAAAGUCAAAGCAGUCAGUGGGGUGAAAAUUGGGGUGACGACGCGACUGAAACGGAAUUGGAAAAGAAAGUCAAGGUUCUUGAAACAACUUGCCAAAAUCAAACGUCAGCAAUUCAAUUACUUGAAGAACAGAAGAUGGACAUGACAGAAGAUUUAGAGAAUGUCAAACAAAAGUUGGAAGAUGCAACGACGAUGAAAAAUGACUCAGAAUUGGAGGGAAAAGUUGUAGAAUUGGUGAGAAUGAAUGAAGAGCUUGGUGAGAAAAUUCAACAGAUGAAUGAUGAAAGAGCAACACUUGAGGUAAAACUGUCACGUUACAUUUGUGAAAAUAUGGAAUUGCAUGAAAGAAUCGAGAAACUUAGUAAGGGAAGUUCAGCUGAAAGCAUUGAAAUGGUAAAUUUGACAGCUCAAGAUAAUGAAGAGUAUCAAAAGGCCAUUAGUGGAGCUGAGAAGGAUGUAGUUGAUGAAAGUGAUCCUCAAAUAAGUCGCGAACUUAAUGAAAGCUUAAGAAACUUAAGAGAAGAAAGCUCCGAAUUAAUGUCAAAGAUUGAACUUUUCACAAUCGAAAGACGUGAAGUUCUCGAUAAGCUUGAUGCAAUGACGAUUGAAAAUCAGGUUCUUGUUAGUAGCAUUGAGUCAAUUAGAGAUGAGAAAGUAGCUUUGGAGCAUGAGAAUGAGAAGCUGAUUAAGAAUCGUGAUGGAAUUGAAAAAUUGUUAUCUGAAUUGCAGACGGAGAAAGAAGAGCUGUUGAUGAAAGUUUCCGAGCUCAACGAACAUCGUUCAACAUUGCAAGAAGAAAUUAAUAAAUUGGUGAAAGAAGAUCUUGGAAGUUCAUCACCAACGAUUAAAACAGGGACAUCAACAGACACACAAUCAGCCAUUGAUAAAGAUGCAUGUGAGAAAUUGUUGAAACAACUCGACAAUGAAAUUCAAAAUUUAAAUAAAAACAAAGACAAACAUCAAAAAUUGAAGAUUUCUAAGAAAUUGUCUGACAAUGCAAAGAAUGUCCAUGCAAUGAUGACAAAUCUUCUUGUUGAUUAUUACAAGAAUCUUGACGUUUGCAAGCAACUUCGUGAGGAUUUGGAAAGUGUCAAAGUGUCAUUGAGUUCUGUUUCACUGGAAAGCAAUAACGAAGAAGAAUUGAAGAUAUUACAAAGUCAGUUGCGAGAAUUGGAAGAGAAACUCGCAACGAAAGUAGAAGAAUGUGAUCAAUUGAAGAUAAAAUUGAAGACCAUCGAAGACGAUCGUCAAUCAAAUGUUUCCAAUGAAAUUGAAAUCCUUAAAAUGGAACUUGAAGAAUCGAUAAAAUCAAAAGACAAUCUUGUUGAUGAAUUAAAGGAAAUGAUUGACAAAUUGACGAACGAACGUGAUGAAUAUAAAUCAGAACUUCAAAAGCAAAUGAAUUUAGUGCAAGGAUUACGUGAAGAAUAUGAUCAAUUGACGAUUGAUGUGAAGGAAAACAAACAAAAACUGAAUGAAAAAUCGACAGAAUUUGAUCACAUUCAACGUGAAUUUGACAUGCGAUUGAAGACAUCAACAAACGAAGUUGAAAUUCUUAAAACUCUUGUUGGUGAACAGAAACAACUUUUAAUCGAUUCUUAUCAAGAACAUGAGUUGGAUAUUAAUCAGAAGUUGAAGGAGAUCAACGACUAUCAAAAUCAAGUGAAGCAAAUGGAAGAUGAGUUGAACACUUUGAGACAACAAACUCAAAUUGCUGCUUCAUCGGAAAGUCUUCAAGAUGAAAUUGUCAAGCUGAAGAAUCUUCUCGAAGAAAACAACAAACUUCUCGAUGAUCACAAAGAUGAUUUGAUGCAUAAACAAGAAACGAUUGACACUUUAAAUAAUCAAAUUAUCGAUCUCUACAAGACAAUGGAAGAAAAUGCAAAUAAAAUUAUUGAGAAAGAUGACGAAUUGCAAUAUUUGCAAGAGAUCAAUGAUUCCAACAAAGAUGAAAUUCGAAACUUACAUCAGAAAGUUUCCGAAUCAAAUAAAGCAAUGAAUGAACUUCGAAGUCAGUUAACGGAGAAGAGUCAUGAAAGUGAAAGAUUGGUAGCAGCAGCAAAAGUUACAAUUGACCCAAAGAUGGAGCAGAAAGUGAAAAAAUUGGAGAACGAAGUGACGUCACUUGAAACGAAGAAUAAAGAACAGCACGAGAAAUUGAAGAAAUUUGCUGCGAAUCUUAAGAAGAAGCAAAGUCAGUGCUUGGAAUUAGAGGAACGAUUAGCUAAAGGCGUUGAUGAUACGUCGACAGUGUCUGAGAUGAAAGCACAAAUCAUUCAAUACGAGGAACAAUUGAAUGCUGUAAAAAUUGAGACAAAUAAUCUUCAACAAUCGGCAGUUAAAGCCUCGAAUGAUGAAUUGAAUGAACUACGACAAAAGCUUAAUGAAAAGUCAAUGGAAGUUGACAAUUUACAACGCCAAUUACAAGACACAUUCAACAAAUGUGAUCAACUUGAAGAAGCACUAUUCGAUCGUCAAUCACAAAUUCAAAAACUUGAAACUGAGCAAAUGAAGUUCGACGUCGCAAGCAAAGCUUUAAAUGAAAUUCAAAGUGAGUUUAAUCAUGUCAAGCGAGAGAAUGAAGAGCUGAAAGUUAAACUGUCGGAAUAUUCAUCAUCACAAGAUAAAUCAGAUGAUGAUAAGAAGAAGAUGGAUAAAUUAAAAGCUGCUGUUGUUCAAUUGAAGCAUAAACUUGCCGAGAGGAAGAAGGAAAUUGACGAACUUACUAAACUUAAUUCAGCAGCAUCGAAUGUCGAUUCACUUCAAAGUCAACUUGAUGAGAUUCAACAAAAACAUUCAGAGGAAAUCAACAUGUUGAGACAACAAAUUGCUGAUCUUGAUGCAACAAAUCGAUUGUUAAAUGAAGACAAACAGAGGAAGGUUUCGCUUGAAGGACAAUUGGAGACAUUUGAAAUGACGAAUGUUCAACUCCGUGAGAGAAUUUCAAGUUUAGAAGAAUCGCUGAAUGCCAUCGAGUCGGAGAAGAAUUCAAUUCUUCGUGAGCAACUUUCACUUGGUAAAGAGCUUGAGGAAAAGGAUGAACUGAUUGGAGUGAAAUUACGUGAAACUGAAUCAGAAAAUUUCCAUCUUAAUGAAAACAUCAAAGAGUUGACGAUGGAAAAGAAUUCUUUGCAACAGAAAUUGAUUGCAAUGGAAAGUCAUUUUUCAUCUGACAUCGUCAAUCGUAAUCAACAAAUUUCCAGCAUGGAAAGUGAGAAUUUACAACUUAAAAAUCAUUUUGAGAAUCUUCAAGUUGAGAUGAAGCGAAUGCAGAGUCUCCAUGAAAAAGCUUUAGCAGCGAAGCAUGCCGAGAUUGAUGACAUGGAAGCUGAGCUGAGUUCGCAACUUCAGAAGAUUGAAAACGAGAAGAAAAUAAUUCAAGAAAGUUUAGAGAAGGCAAAUGAUCAGAUUGUUGACUUCCAGGAUGAAGUUGUGAGACUCAAAGACAACAUUCAUUCAUUGGAACAAUCAAAAUCCGAUGCCGAACGUGAACUUUCAUGGUUGAAGUUACAGAACGAAAAUUACACGCAAGAUCAACUUGAGAAUGAACAGUUGCGAAUGCAAUUGAUGCAAAGUGAAACUGAAGCUGAAAAUCUUCGUUCACAAAACGAAACACUUUCUGAUAAUCACAAUGUUGAAAUUACAAUUCUUCGACAACAAAUUGCUGAUCUUGAAGCAAUGCGAUCACAAGUUAGUCAAAAUCAAACUGAUGAUCAAGUCAUGUUGCAAAAUGAAAAUGUUAAGUUGAAGGAAAUCUUAGUUGAGAAGGAAAACGAAAUUCAGCAAAAGAAAAUUCAACUUCAAAUGGUGUCAACAUUUGUCGAUGCUCCAAUUCAAGCUGUUAAUGAUCCAUUUGCAAAUUUAAUGGCAGCUCCACCUCAACCUUUGCCAGCGCAAUCAUCGAAAGUUGAUGAAAAUGCUUUUAAAGUAUUGGAAGAUAAACUCAGAGAAGCAGAAAAGGAAAUUGAGAAGUUAAAUGAAACAGCAAUGCUAACGAACAUGGAAAUUGAUAUGCAAGCAAAUAAAGUUGAAGAUUUAAUUCACGAGAAUAAAGUUUUGCUUGGAAAGUUACAUGAAAUGGAAGCAAAGAAUGAGAAUUUAAUUUCAUUGAAAGCUGAUGUAAAUCAGAAGAAUGAAAUCAUUCAGAAUCUUCAAGAGAAAUUAAUGAAUUUCGAUGCAAAACCUUCAGCUGUAAGUGAACAACCAACAACUCAAACAGCAACCACUUCAAUUCUUUUCGGUUCUGAACCAUCAUCACAACCAUCAGCAGCUUCAUUAUUCGAUGAUGUUCCAUUUAUUAUUUCAACGACAAAUGAACCACAACAAGAAGUUUUCGAAGAAAUUAUUCAACCAAAGAAAGCUUAUCUUUGCUACGAUAACAAACCACCAGCAAGUCUUCUCUCACCACGAUCAGACUUGGAAGUUCGUCUCAAAGAACAGGAAGAUAUUGUUGAACGUUUGACUCAUGAGAAAGCGGAUGUUGAUGCAAAACUCACAACUGCGAAAGAAAAUUCAAAGAAAAUGAUGAAAAAGUUGAAAGAAUAUCAAGUGAAGAUCAGCGAAUUGGAGACGAAAGCUUUUAGAAAGUCAUCGUCGGUUGAAUCGAAUGACAUGGAUUUGGUGAUUCAGGAAGAAUUAAAUUCACAGAUUCAGAGGCUUGAAGCGAAACUUAAGGAAGUAAAUACUGAAAAGGAGAAGGAACAUCAAGAAAAAGAAGCUUUAAUUAAGCGAAUUGAUGUGUUAACACUUGCCAAUGAACGAAUGACGGAAAUGAAAGAACGACAAGACGGGCAAAUGGAAUUGUAUCAGUUGAAGAUUCGCGAUUUGACUCAGAAGCUUCAAAAACUUGAAGAAUGGAGUGGUGAAAAAAAAGAAAGCGAACCUAAAAUUCAAGCGGUCGUGUCUUCAUUACCACUUGAAUCUUCAGCUUCAUCGCCAUCAUCAAAUGUUGAACUUAACAAGAAGAUUCAAGAAUUAAAUGAUCAACUGAAAGACCUUCAGGUUGAUUUCGAUGAAAUUCAAGCAUUGUUAGACGAAGAAAAAAGUACAAACAAACAACUUGAAGAGAAAAUAACGAAACUCAAUUCAAUGAGUCAAGACGAAAUUUCGAAGGAUCAAGAAGAGAAUGAGAAACUUAAGAGAAAUUGCGAAGCACUUCGACAACAAAUCAACACAAAAGAUCAGGAAAUUCGUGAUUUGAUAUCAAAAAUUGAUCUUUUAUCAAAUGAAUCGUCGAAUAUUAAAACAAUUCUUGAUGAUUUGAGUGUUCAAAAUCAAUUGAAGACAAAUGAGAAUCAAGAGCUUUUAGAGCGUCUCCAAAAUUUGGCAGCAAAUAAUGAAGAAUUAUCACGUGAACGUCAACUUUACAGCGAUUCAAUGGAACAGAAUUAUCGUCAACAUUCACAAGAUUUAGAGCAACAACUUCAAUCAAUUCAUGCUGAACUUCAUUAUAAAAAUUCGCAACUUCAAGAAUUGAAAGAAAGAAAUUCUGAGUUUACAAAGAAAGUCGAAGUUGAUGCCAAUUUGAUUAUUGAGAAGAAUAAUGAAAUUGUUUCACUUAAAAAUCUUUUACAAGAACUUGAAGCGAAAGUGGAAAAACAACAGCCGAGUCAAGAGCAGCCAAUAGAACGUCAUGAUGAUAAUAUGAAAAAAGAAAUUGAGGCCUUAAAGCGUGAAAAUGCUCAAAUGGAACAUGAACUUCAAGUUUUGAAUGAUCAAGUCCUUUCAAGCCUGGAAUUCGAAGAUAAAAUGAAGAAUGUUGUGUAUGAACUUGAUGCAAAGAAUUUAGAAAUUCAAAUGUUGAAAUCAUCAUUAGAAAAAGUUGAAAAGCAUCAACAAACCUCAUCAGAAGUUGACGAAGAAGUUCAAGAAAAAAUCCAAAAAUUGCAAAAUGAGAAAGAAGAAGUUGAACGCAACAUGAAGUUGUCAAUUGAUUUACUUAAUGCUCAAUGGAGUCAAGCUGUUGAGCAGCGUGGAAAUGAAGUUGCAAACAGUUGGAAGCAACAUUUGGAGAUGCGUGAAAUGGAAUUUUCUGAACUUGAAGCGAGUCUUAGAAGUCAAUUAGGAAGAAAUUCUGAUGAAGUGACGACCAGUGAAAGUGUUCAGAAAGUGAGUGACAUCGAUGACGAUGCAAUGACAAAAAUGAGAUCAAUAAUGGAAAGUCAAGAGAUGGAAAUUGUGUCAUUGAAAGAACAACUCGCUAUUCGGUCAGCUGAAUAUGCUGCAUUGUCAGCUAAAGUUGAUCCUUAUCAUCAAAUGUCAACGAGCAUGAACAUCUCCCCAAUUCCACCAACAGACAGCGAGAGGGUUCCACGAAGUGAAUUAGAUUUAGCACUUUAUAUGCUUCAUCAAAGAGACAUGCGAUUGGAAGAAAUGACGAUGGAGUUGGUGAGAUUGUUGGAAGAACGCGAUCAACUUCAAAUUCGGCUUUCGAAUUCUAUUCGUCAAAUGGAAGAAGUCAAAACAAAAUUUAGUGCUUCACAUGAAGCAGAAUCAAGUGAUGCAUCGAAAACUACAACACCUGAGAAGUUACCAACAAAUAUGAAUGUGACAACAUUCGAAGACGAUGGACAGUUGAAGAAGAAACUCUCGGAACUCAACACAGUUCGCCAUGUGAGAGACAAAGACAUUCAAGAUGAGCGUGAAAGGAGAUUUAUGGAUAACAUCACAAUGCUUCAACGAGAUGUCGCUAACAUCCCACCAGAAGCUGCCGCUCGUAUUGUUGCUGGUUCAUCUGAUCAAGGACAGUCACCAUCGUCAGUUCUUAUGAACUGGAUUCUUGGCAAACAGCCCGAGUCAUCUUAAAAACACUUUUUUAGUUUAGGAAAUUUAAUCUAAUUAAUUAAUCCUUUAAGAAUAUUCUUCAAGCUUCCCAUCAACUUUCUAUCUUAAUUUUUUUAAAUCCGUCAGAAUGUAAAGCUUUCAGCUUCCGGUUAAAAAUACUUUCCAGCAUGUAAAAAUUAAUGCAAUAAAUGUUUAUUAUUUGUACAAAAAAAAUA